GACGUCCGGGCGCAAUGGGCCUCUCUGGUGCGGGCUGUGUUCGUGAUCGUGCGCCUGAUCAACAGGGGCCGCAGGCAGGAUAUAGUCGACCGCUUCAUCAAGGAGAGCUACGCGCCGGGCGCCGAGACAAGUUCGGCGACAAGGAUGAGUUCCUACCCAGAGUUGGCGCGCUGCUGCCUUCACCCGAAGAACAGGGGGCAUAACUACACGGUGCCAGUGGGCAGGUUCAGGGAGUGCCUUUACUGCGGGGCGAUCUGGAAGGCGCACAGGCACGCGGUCAAGAUCGGGAAGUCCCAGUUGGAGGAUGCGAUCUUCAGGGAACUUAACGGCCCUCGCAGGCGCCCCGGGGCAAAUGUCGACAUGGUGCUAUGCGUGGCCAGCACCUCGGCAGGAGGCGCCGGAGAUGCCGUGGGCUGUGGCCAGGCCGAGCGGCAUUUCGGCAUGGCUAAGACAGCUUGCCAGAACGUCAGUAUCGAGAAGGUCUUCGGCGGCGAGUGCGGCAUCACCAUCCGUGCCGCCGACCGGGCCAACGGCUGGAACAUGCGCGCCCUGCAGCCCAUCGAUAAGCUGUUCGGCCAAAGACCUGACCUCAAGGAGGAGAGUCCACGGCGCGACGUUCUCAAGAUGAUCGACAAGUGGCGGCCCCGCCUCGUGAUCGUUCAGCUGCCGUGCGCGUUGUGGACACUGCUGAACCGCAACAUCGACUACAAGGACCAUCCGGAGGUUCUCGGGAGUCUACGUGGCGAGGAAGGGUGCUUCCGGACCUUCACCAGGGACAUCUUCAAGAAGCAGAAGAGCUACGGGAAUCGUGCGCUCCUCGAGAAUCCAGCUCCAGCCGACUCGUGGCGCGAGGGCGUCAUCCUGGAGCUCUGGAAGGAGAACUACCAUUUCACGUCCAACAUGUGUAUGUUCGGUAUGGUCGGCAAGAACGGCUCGCCUAGGCAGGAGCUCGUCCGCUGGAUGGGAGUUUUGCCAUGGAGUCCAUAUUUGCAGCUACCAACCGUGAGCUACGACAAGCCAGCUCAACAUGCACACCAGGUCUGCUACGCGGCCCCGACCAUGGAGGAGCCUCGCUGGCGGGCCAUCAUGAGUGGCGUGCUGGACGUCAUGAGUCAUCGCAACGCUCAGUCCGCGAUCAUUGCCAAGGACUCCGAGAUGUGGAAGCAGGUGGAAGAGCUGAUCCCUUGGCAGUUGCUGAGCAUCCAGGCCGCCGUCGAGCCGAAGGAGAAUCGCGACAGCCAGUGCCAGUCCCAGCGCCCGAUGAGCCACAACCAGAAGAGCUACAAUUUUCUCAUGCUCAACAGCGUGCUGGUGAUGAUUUGGUUUGCUGGUCCUCGGCUUGCGGCCGAGGAAAUGCGUGCGGCGCCCAUCGUGGCCCGGGUGCAUCAGAACCUGAGCCGCCCGCUGCAGCCCGACUUCACGAGGUUCUUGAACGGCAGCGAUGAGAGCCAGAUCGCCAUCGACCUCAGUCGUCGCCUACGAUGCAGCUCAUGUCUCAGGAACGUCAAGCCGAGGCGUCCGAGUCCAGCCAAGAUACCUUACAUCGGAUCGUUCAACGCACGCGUCGGCCUCGACAUCUUCUACCUGCCCGAUGCUUCGCACCAAACACACAAGUUUCUGAGCAUUUUGGAAGUGUCUGGCCUACUGAUGGUGGUCGUCUACUGCCCCUGGAGGGAUCUGGCGUACGUGCUGGAGGUUUCCUGCAUGUGCUGGCUCUCAUGGGCUGGAUCUCCGGAUCGCGUGGUGCGUGAUCGCGAUGGAGCUUUUCAGUCUCUCUUCGUCGAGCACAUGGAAGAGCACGAGGUAUUGGUCGAGAAGCCCCCUUCAGAAUUUCGCUGGCAGUCCGGCCGCGUGGAGGCGAAUAUCGCGCUCUGGAAGCACAUGGCGAAGCGAGUCAUUGACGACAUGCAGUUGGUCGGCCCUGAGGACAUGAAGAUGAUGGCCCCGGCGAUCAAACAGGACCCGAGGAUUCCCGACAGCAUCACCGACAUUGCUAACUCCGUAGUGGUGCAUAGCGCCAUGACAGCCGAUGCCGAGCUCGCCAAGAGGGCCCGAUUCCGCGUGCUUGCGGACAUGGCUUUCACCGACUACGACCGCUCCGAGUCCCUCAAGCGAUCCAUGCUCCAGGUCAACCGCCCGUGCCUCGGCGACUACGCAGCUGGCGAUCGUGCCGCUUUCUGGCGACUACCGAAGAACAAGAAGGGCAAGCAGUUCCUGGCGCGGUUUAUCAUCGCGAGGGUGAUCGAUGGUGGCAGUGGAGGCGCUGACGAUGACAACGUCUGGGUGCAGUUGUCCGGACAUCCCAUCCUGGUCUCGAAGGAGCAGCUGCGCGAGGCUCAGGGCACCGAGAUGUCGGCCUCCGACGACUCCGACCUGGCCGAGCUGCGAC